AUUUGAAAAUUGAGAUUAAUCCUUGUUUUUAAAUUGUGUUUUUAAGUGAAAUAUGACUACAGCAGCGCAGAAAAGUAAAUCUGCAAUUACUCUUAAGGGAUCUGCUGAAAUUGUUUGUGACUAUUUAAACUAUGGAAUUAAUUCUAUUUUAUAUCAACGAGGUUUAUAUCCUCCGCAAUCGUUUAAGUCCGAAGAAAAUUAUGGAUUAACUAUUUUAAUGUCUACAGAUAACAAAAUCCGAGAAUUCUUAUCCACGACUUUAGGCCAAUUGAAAGGAUGGCUUAUUAAUCGAUCUGUAAAUAAAAUAGCUCUUGUGAUAACAAAUGUAAAAACAUUGGAAGUUAUGGAAAGGUGGGAUUUUAUAGUGGAAUAUGAGGGGGACACUAAGACUGAGGAACAAACAACCGAUAAGCCUAUAAAACAAAUAAAAAAUGAAAUAAGGGAUGUUUUAAAACAAAUAGCUUGUUCAGUGGCAUAUUUACCUCUUUUAGACUGUUUGUGUAGUUUUGAUAUUCAGAUUUAUACCAAAAAUGAUGUUGAUUUACCUUCUGAAUGGACUGAGGCAGAACCGGCUAACAUAAAAAAUGCUCAAAGUGUAAAAAUGAGAUCAUUUUCUACGAACAUUCAUAAAAUGGAUACUGUUGUCACCUACAAAAAUUAUAAUUAGGUUGUACCGUUCUUAAAUUUAAUUUUACAUCUUUUUGUGGUAUACCUACUAUUUACUUCCUUUGAUGCUACUUUACUUUUUUUUUUAUUAUUUCAUGGUAUUUUUGCUUGGGGUAGGGCCAGGGCUGCAAGCUGUAUGGAGGCCUCUAAAUAAAAAAAUAAAUAAAAAUAAAAGUCACACAAUCAGCGACUUACCAAUUAAAAUAUUAAAAACUUAAACACGUUUUGAUUUGAUUCUAAAAAAAAGGUCAGGCAGGGCAUGCACACCCCUGCCCUUCCCUAGCUAUGCCCAUGAUUAUUUUAUAUUUUAGAUUUGUAGUAUAUGUUUUUGUAUCAAAUAACUAACUACACAAUUUUAAUAUAUAAGCAUUAAAUAUUA